AUGUCCUCUCACCCUAAGAGCCAGAAAAGGAGCCAUCCAUCGCCGGAUAAAUUAGCCCACGUUGUGUUUCGUACAAAUCCAGAAAUGUACCAGGCAAUGGUUGAUUUCUACCUGCAAAUACUAAAUGCAAACAUCCGACAUGAGGACCCUGGUAAAAUAGCUUUUCUGUCCUUUGACGAAGAACAUCACCGUCUCGCUAUCCUAGCGGUACCCGGACUCCGCACACCUAGUCCAGACGAUCCACCACGGGUGGGUUUGGAUCAUAUCGCUUUUACCUACAAGAAUUUAACCCAACUGGCUCAACUAUAUGUCGGUUUGCGCGAUCAUCUCAGUGCUCCGUUAAAGCCUGUCUGGAGCAUCAAUCAUGGCCCCACAACUUCCCUGUACUAUCGCGAUCCUCAAGGAAACAAAGUCGAGAUGCAAGUUGAUAACUUUGACACAAUGGAUAAGGCGGAUGCAUAUAUGAAAUCCAACGAGUUUGCGGAGAAUCCAUUGGGGGUAGAAUUCGAUCCGGACGAGUGGUCACGCAAAAUAUUGGCCAAGAUGCAGCCCGAUGGAAGCGAAGGCCGAACAUUGGGCCAAGAUCAGACAUUCCACAAGAAGUCGUCUAGUGCUCUUUUUGAGCGGACAAAGUGUCCCUUCAAUAUGUUUAUGAGGGUUAAGGCUAGGGCUAGGGCUAGUGAUAAAGAACCUCAGGCAUCAAAUUACGUCAUAGAAAAGGGCUGCGAAACCGGUGCGGGAUGA